AAAGCCGCAGGUCUGACUGAAAAUGAGAAGUUAUUAUGCGAAUGUAACUCUGCGAUAAUAGGCUGCAGCCGUCAUUUUAACAGGUGCGCAAGAAGAGCUGUGAACAGAGUUGCUAACAGGCACUACUUCAGCAGUUCACCGCACGCGCGUUCCCAUAGGGUGGACACCUCUUUGAGCGCGUGAAGCCCGCUCCACUCCUCAAACUUUCCGGACAAGGAGGCGCGCGCUCACUUCUCAGUAGUUCAGUGAGGUCUCGCGCCCAGCUGUCACUCCUUUUAGGAUUCACCGGGAUAACUGCGCACUUUUGAACCAGGCGUUUUCGUGGAAUUUCGAGGGUGGAUUUGAGGAAAAAGGCACCAUCAGGCUGUCCAAGGCCGGACUUCAUCAUCACUUCCUGUUUCUUUACGAGUGGCGAUGGUGAUUGACAGAUGAUCUGACAGAGGAAGACAUCAGACGCCAUCUCCGUGCUGGUUAUUAUGGGGUGUGUCUGUUGCAAGCAGAAAAAGUCCGCCAAAGAAGCAGCAGCAACAUCAGCAGCAGCAGACAUUGCAGAUCUGUCUCCUAGCAACGCAGAUGGAGGUUCGUCCACGGCCUUGACUCAGGGCCGCUACUGCCCCGACCCCACUCAGUCCAUCCCAGACUUCAACAAGGGCUUCUCCUCCAGCGCCAUCUUCCCCAACGCCAACACACACCAGCGGCUCGGAGGCGGUGGAGUCACUCUCUUCAUAGCUCUGUAUGACUACGACGCUCGCACUGAAGAUGACCUCACGUUUCAGAAAGGAGAGAAAUUUCAGAUCAUCAACAACACAGAGGGUGACUGGUGGGAGGCUCGAUCUUUGGACACAGGACACUCAGGUUACAUCCCAUCCAAUUACGUCGCUCCUGUGGACUCCAUACAGGCAGAAGAGUGGUAUUUUGGGAAGAUGGGGAGGAAGGAUGCAGAGAGACAGCUGUUGGGCCAGAAUAACCAGAGGGGUACUUUCCUCAUACGAGAGAGCGAGACCACUAAGGGUGCUUACUCUCUGUCCAUCCGUGACUGGGACGACAACAAGGGAGACCACGUGAAGCAUUAUAAGAUCCGUAAACUGGACAAUGGUGGUUACUACAUCACCACCAGAUCUCAGUUCGACACAGUGCAGCAGCUUGUAGAGCACUACACAGAGAGAGCGGCGGGACUGUGCUGCCGUUUGAUUGGCAGUUGUAAGCGGGGCAUGCCUAAGCUGGCUGACUUAUCGGUGAAGACCAAGGAUAUGUGGGAGAUUCCGCGCGAAUCUCUGCAGCUGAUUAAGAAACUUGGCAACGGCCAGUUUGGAGAAGUCUGGAUGGGCAUGUGGAAUGGUACCACCAAGGUAGCGGUGAAGACGCUGAAGCCAGGAACCAUGUCCCCUGAGGCCUUCCUGGAGGAGGCUCAGAUCAUGAAGAGACUCCGCCAUGACAAGCUGGUGCAGCUCUACGCUGUCGUGUCCGAGGAGCCCAUCUACAUCAUCACUGAGUUCAUGAGCCAAGGAAGUUUAUUGGACUUCUUAAAAGACGGUGAAGGUCAGAGUCUGAAGCUGCCUCAGCUGGUGGACAUGGCUGCACAGAUCGCAUCUGGGAUGGCAUACAUUGAGAGGAUGAACUACAUCCAUCGUGAUCUGCGAGCAGCUAACAUUCUCGUUGGAGACAAUCUUGUGUGCAAGAUCGCUGACUUUGGCCUGGCUCGGCUCAUUGAAGACAACGAGUACACAGCCAGACAAGGGGCGAAGUUUCCUAUCAAGUGGACGGCUCCAGAAGCAGCACUGUACGGACGCUUUACCAUCAAGUCAGAUGUCUGGAGCUUUGGCAUCCUGCUCACUGAGCUCAUCACUAAGGGACGGGUGCCAUACCCAGGCAUGAACAACCGUGAAGUUCUGGAGCAGGUGGAGAGGGGUUAUCGGAUGCCCUGUGCCCCAGGGUGCCCCGCCUCGCUCCAUGAACUGAUGCUGCAGUGCUGGCGGCGGGAGGCUGAUGAGCGGCACACGUUUGAGUACCUACAGUCGUUCCUGGAGGAUUAUUUCACUGCCACAGAGCCGCAGUAUCAACCGGGAGAAAACCUGUGACCACGCAAACACACAGGGGACAAAUAUGGAGCAAUAAAUGGACAAACACAUUCGCAUACAGAGAUUACACAUAAACAAAUACAUAUCAUUGUUUCAUUGAUUCUAAACAGUUUCUUCCUUUUGGUCGUCAACCACUGCAGUUCAUUCAGGACAGAUCACUCAACCAUGCUGAAGAGCAGAGUCGGAGCUCUGCUCGUAAGGCCUUGCAGUAAUGUUGCUUUACUCUGUAGCCAUGACAACAAGGAACUGAAAGAAGCUGUAGAUGGUUGUUGAGGUGGGGGGAAGUCGGAUUGGUACAUGAUGUGUUCAGCUGCCAUGUAUGUUCAGAUCUUUUGAUGUCUGGGUCUGAGAAAAGAGAUUUAGUACGCAGACUGUUUACUUGAGAUAAAAUGUGGAUGCAGACAUGAUAGAGAGAGCAACAGGUUUCAGACUUCAGUUCAAACAGCAUCUUUAAAAUAAAGUCACAAUGAACCUGCUGAACCUGCAUGGCAACUGAGGAAAUCAUGCACGUAGACACUGACUUUCUUUUCCUUCAUCUUAGAGGAGGAACUAAUUACAAACAAAGCACCUCCAUGCCUUAAAGUGCUGAAAUAAAGGGCUGUUUUUUACUUAACUUCAUUAAUACUUGGUUAGUUUGGUAAAUCUGAGCGAUGGUGAGGAAUGCUCUUUGUUUGACUAUUAUGACUUUUUUAUGAGCUGUCUCUUUGUUGUUUUAAUUUAAAAACUCAGACAUGUCUGAGCAUCACAAAGUUCUAUAUCUAGUUAACAUAUAUGCAGAUUUCAUCCAUUGGGAGGGCAGGGAGAAAUGUCAAACACAAAGGACAAGAUCAGUGAUGGAAACUUAAGAAAGUUUUUUAAAUGUGUGUGUAACCAUGAUGUUGAGUUUCCUUGUCAUGUUGUUGCAAUAAAGAUAUCUUUCCUGUCAUGUU